CCCACGCCCACCCCGCUACAUAUGGAGAAAAUCCUUCGCAUUUAGCGUCUCUAACAGAGAGAGCAAGUCAUCCAAGGAGAAGAAUUUAGAGAAGGUAAAGUAGAGGGUAGGAGUCACGCAUCGGUCCGUUUUCUUCUUCUAUUUAAAGAUUUCAUUGACCUCAAAUUUCUUAAGAGCAACUCGAAGAAGAUGACCAAUUCUUGAGAAAUUCUUGUAUCAAUUUGAAAUUGGAACACAAAAAUCGGGUAAACAGGUGGAUUGAUUGAAUAAUAUUUCAAUCAUCUAUUCUAGAUUUUCCCAUGAGUGUGAUUUUCAAUCAAAGGGAAUUGGGUCAGAUUUUUUAAGAUGUGUUGGAUUGAUAUAGAGAACUAUAAGGUUCUUCUAUGUGUUUGAACCUUCAGACAUGAGUCUCUUUCUCAAGCUAAUCGUUUGCUACAGGAUUGCUUCAUUUGCUUGGAAAACAGUUCUCUAGAAGCUUCAAAUGGAUAGUGAGAAUCUGUUGUCGGCGCUUCGUAGAUCUACCGGGGAAGAAACACAUUGGAAUAUUGACAUCUUGAGGAGGAUAUAUUAUCUACCUUUAUUACUCCGUAUAACAUUUAUAACAUGUGAGAUGCACGUGUGUGUAUUCUUUCCCAGUUAUAACUUGGGACAACCGUAUAUUCCAGCAUUCGGGAGUUCUCGUUUUCGUAUGGCUCCCAAACUGAAACCUAAGCAGCAGCCGUCUAUGCCCUCCGCCUCUGUGGAGGAUCUGUUCACUUCACUCAAUCGGCACAUCAAAGGAUCAGAAUACCGGCAAGCCGUCAAAGUUGCGGAUCAAAUCCUCGUUGCUGCGCCUGGGGAUGAGGAUGCAGUUCGGUGUAAAGUAGUGGCAUUAAUCGAAGCUUAUAAGGUAGAUGAAGCACUUGAGAGUAUAUACGAUAACUCCAAGAGGACUUCUAUUGAUUUGACCUUCCUGAAGGCAUAUUGCUUAUAUCAACAAAACAAGUUUAGCGAAGCUUUGGAGAUUCUGAAAGGGAAUGAGGAAAGCUCUGCAAAAAUGCUAUUGGAAUCUCAAAUUUUAUAUCGACUUGGAAAAGCAGAUGAAUGUGUUGAUAUUUAUAGCAAACUCCAGAAGUCCAAGAUAGACUCACUGGAGACGAAUAUGGUUGCUUGCUUUGUUUCUGCAGGAAGAGCACCUGAAGUGCAGGGUUAUUUGGACUCUAUCAGAGCUAGACCGACUCGCAGUUUUGAGUUGCCAUUCAACACUGCGUGCUCAUUAAUUCAGAAUCAGAAGUACAACAAUGCUGAACAAUUGCUACUUUCAGCGCGGAGAAUUGGCCAGGAAGUGCUAAUGGAAGAUAAUGUACCCGAUGACGAGAUUGAAAUGAAAUUAGCACCUAUAUCUGUUCAAUUGGCAUUUGUUCAGCAGAUUCUUGGAAAAGAAGAAGCGAGAGAAUCUUAUACUGAUUUUAUCGUAAGAAGGUUGGCAGAUGAGGCUUCACUCGCAGAAGCAGUGAGUGAGUCUUCGCUUGCAGUAGCAAUAAAUAACCUCAUUGCUUUGAGAGGUCAUAAAGACGUUUCAGAUAGUCUGAAGAAGCUUGAUUUACUUAUAGAGAAAAGUGAUGAUGGGCCAUUGAGGUUCCGGCUUGCCCAAGGACUAGAAUUGAAGCUCUCUCCAAAGCAGAGGGAAACCAUAUAUACCAAUUGGGUGCUAUUGCUACUUCAUUCUAAUAAAAUGGACAAGGCUCGAGAACUAGUAGCUGCACUUCCGGGAAUAUUUCCCCACAGCGUCGUCCCCACACUUCUCCAAGCUGCUUUACACGUGAGGGAAAAUAAGGCGGUUAAAGCGGAAGAAGUGCUAGGGCAGUUCGUGGAUAAGUUCCCGGAGAAGUCGAAGGUGGUCUUGCUGGCAAGAGCACAGAUUGCUGCAUCUGCAGGCCACCCUCAAGUUGCGGCAGACUCCCUUGGCAAAUUACCUGAAAUCCAACACAAGCCCGCGACAGUUGCAACACUAGUCUCUCUCAAAGAGCGGGCAGGGGAUAUCGAUGGAGCCGAUUCAGUCUUUAAUGCCGCAAUAGAUUGGUGGUCAAACCCCAUGACAGAAGAAGACAAUAAUAACCUCAACAUCAUCACACAAGAGGCUGCCAAAUUCAAACACCGACACGGACGGAGGGAAGAGGCUGCCCGGCUGUACGAGGACUUAGUCAAACGCCACGGGGGUAUGGAUGCUUUGGUCGGGCUGAUCCAAACGACUGCCCAAUUAGAUGUUGAAAAGGCAGAAGCUUACGAAAAGAAGCUGAAGCCUCUUCCAGGUUUACAGGCGGUUAAUAUUGACACUUUGGAGAAAACUUCAGGUGCUAAGAAUGUUGAUGACGGGGCCACACGUAUAAUUCCAGAAUCAUAUGAGACAAAGACUAAGGAGAAGCCAAAGAAGAAGAGGAAAAGAAAACCUAGAUACCCUAAAGGGUUUGAUCCAGCUAAUCCAGGCCCACCACCAGAUCCUGAGAGAUGGCUUCCGAAGAGGGAGCGGUCAAGCUAUAGACCGAAGAGAAAGGACAAAAGGGUGGCACAAGUAAGAGGGUCACAAGGUGCAGUGGUCAAAGAAACCUUGGGUGGUAGCACUUUGAAACCUAACCAAACUGCUGCCAAUCCCAAAGUAGGCUCUCAGAAUGUUAAUGUAGAGCAAGCAAGGUCUUCAAAGUCAUCUAAGAAGAAAUCAAGAAAAUAAAGUUUAUGUGGAAAACCUUUAUUUGAAGGUUAAUGGACUAUUCUGAAUGUACUUUGUUGCGUUUUGGUGUUGGAGACUUGAAUUGGAAACUCAAUUUUUAAAUAAUAUUGUUGUACGCUGGUCUGCUGGAGUCAUCCUGCAAGAGGUUUUCUUUAUUUUUAUAUCAUUUUUUAUCUCCUGAUUCAAAGAACCUGACACAUUCUGAAUUUGUGAUAGUAACAUUAUCAAAGUAAACAUUCAAAGAUUUUCUCUGUUUGUUUGCUUGCUGGUACUUCAGUUCUUAAUGGAAGUAUAGAACUGCGGACAUGGGAG